AUGUUUAAUUACGAACGUCCAAAGCACUUCAUCCAACCCCAAAACCCAUGUGGCUCCAGACUGCAGCCUCCUGGACCGGAAACCUCCAGCUACUCUAGCCAGACCAAACAGUCUUCCAUUAUCAUCCAGCCCCGCCAGUGCACAGAGCAAAGAUUUUCUGCCUCCUCAACAGUGAGCUCUCACAUCACCAUGUCCUCCUCUGCUUUCCCUACUUCUUCGCAGCAGCUUGCUGGCUCCAAUCCAGGCCAAAGGGUUACAGCCACCUAUAACCAGUCCCCAGCCAGCUUCCUCAGCUCCAUAUUACCAUCACAGCCUGAUUACAGUAGCAGUAAAAUCUCUUCCACUGUGGACUCCAACUAUCAACAACCCUCAGUUGGCCAACCUGUAAAUGCUAAGCCAUCCCAACCUGUAAAUACUAAGCCCACACCAAGGACUCCUGACCAUGAAAUCCAAGGAUCAAAAGAAGCUCUGAUUCAAGAUUUGGAGAGAAAGCUAAAAUGCAAAGAUAGCCUUCUUCAUAACGGAAAUCAACGGUUAACAUAUGAGGAGAAGAUGGCUCGCAGAUUGCUAGGACCACAGAAUGCAGCUGCUGUGUUUCAAGCUCAAAAUGACAGUGAGGCACAAAAUUCACCACAGCACAAUUCAGAACAUGCACGACUGCAAGGUCCUACGUCACAAGUGAGAAGCAGAUCAUCUUCAAGAGGAGGUGUGAAGGAUGAGGACGCGAUCCAGGAGAAAUUUUACCCGCCUCGUUUCAUUCACGUGCCAGAAAACAUGUCAAUUGAAGAAGGAAGAUUCUGCAGAAUGGACUUCAAAGUGAGCGGACUGCCAGCUCCUGAUGUGUCAUGGUAUCUAAACGGAAGACCAGUUCAAUCAGAUGAUUUUCACAAAAUGAUAGUGUCUGAGAAGGGUUUUCAUUCACUCAUCUUUGAAGUGGUCAGAGCUUCAGAUGCAGGAGCUUAUGCAUGUGUUGCCAAGAAUAGAGCAGGAGAAGCCACCUUUACUGUGCAGCUGGAUGUCCUGGCAAAAGAACAAAGAAGAGCACCAAUGUUUAUCUACAAACCACAGAGCAAAAAAGUUUUUGAGGGAGACUCAGUGAAGCUAGAAUGCCAAAUCUCAGCUAUACCUCCACCAAAGCUUUUCUGGAAAAGAAAUAAUGAAAUGGUACAUUUCAACACUGAUCGAAUAAGCUUAUAUCAUGAUAACUCUGGAAGAGUUACCUUACUGAUAAAAGAUGUAAACAAGAAAGAUGCUGGGUGGUACACUGUGUCUGCAGUAAAUGAAGCUGGAGUAACCUCAUGUAACACGAGAUUAGACGUUACAGCCCGUCCAAACCAAACUCUUCCAGCUCCUAAGCAGUUACGUGUUCGACCAACUUUCAGCAAAUAUUUAGCACUUAAUGGGAAAGGUUUGAAUGUGAAACAAGCUUUUAAUCCUGAAGGAGAAUUUCAGCGUCUGGCAGCUCAAUCUGGACUCUAUGAAAGUGAAGAACUUUAA